UCACGAGUCCGCCCCACGCCGGGCGGGGCCUCCUGGCCUGACUACUUUAACUGCCCCGCGAGCCCAGGGCACCAGGCACGAGGUGGCCAGCACACGGCUGGGGCUGGAUGGCUACGUGGAGGCGGGAUGGCCGGCUAACCGGCAGUCAACGGCUCCUGUGUGCGGGGCUGGCGGGGUCGUUCAGCCUCAGCCUCACCGCGCCCCUGGAGCUCGCCACUGUGCUGGCCCAAGUCGGCAAGGUGCAAAGCCACUCCCAGGGGCUCUGGGCCACCGGACGCCGCGUGUGGCUAUCCGAGGGGCCAAGGGCCCUAUGGAAAGGGAAUGGCGUGGCGUGUCUGCGCCUCUUCCCCUGCAGCGUGGUGCAGCUGGCCGCCUACCGAAAGUUUGUUGUGCUAUUCAUGGAUGACCUGGGCCGCAUUUCCCAGUGGAGCUCCAUCGUGGCUGGAAGUCUUGCAGGCAUGGUUUCCACAACUGUCACAUACCCUACAGACCUCAUCAAAACCCGACUGAUUAUGCAAAACAUGCUGGAACCAUCUUACAGGGGCCUGAUCCAUGCUUUUUCUACUAUUUAUCAACAAGAAGGGUUCCUGGCCCUUUAUCGAGGAGUAUCCCUCACUGUUGUAGGUGCUGUUCCCUUCUCUGCUGGCUCCCUUCUAGUUUACAUGAACCUAGAAAAAAUCUGGAAUGGACCCCGGGACCGCUUUUCUCACCUGCAGAACUUUACCAAUGUCUGCAUGGCUGCUACUGUGAGCCAGACUCUCUCCUUUCCCUUUGACACUGUGAAGAGAAAGAUGCAGGCUCAAAGUCUUUAUCUUCCCCACUGUGGAGGAGUAGAUGUCCACUUCUCAGGAGCAGCUGACUGCUUCCGGCAGGUAGUGAAAACUCAAGGGGUACUGGGGCUCUGGAAUGGACUGACAGCAAACUUACUCAAGGUGGUUCCAUAUUUUGGAGUUAUGUUUAGCAUGUUUGAGUUCUGUAAGAGAAUUUUUCUUUAUCAAAACGGUUAUACCCUGUCCCCCCUAACCUAUAAAUUGACCCCAGGAGUAGACCAAAGUUUGAAGCCCCAGGAGUUACGGGAGUUAAAGAAAUUCUUCAAGCCCAGAAAACUGCACUCGAAAAAACCAACUCUGUAAAGUUGAAUGGAACUACAGCGGUAGAAACGCAGCAAUCACAGAUGAAUAUGACCUCUUAGCUGUGCACAUCCGGAGGAGGGAGAGGACAUGAGAGCACUAGACCAAUCUUCACCCGGGAACCCACUUUCCCUGUGAGUAUCAGUGCUUUGAGAAGCUUCUCUGACACUGCCCUGUCGCAACAACAUCCCAGCAGUCUAUAAGAAAGCCUAGAGGUAAUCAAACAUGCAGCAUACCCUCUGAGGAGAAUGAAGCAAAGCCUCAACACUUCAAAGCAUCUUGUAGCUGAAGGUGACCCAAGCCCAGUCACAGGAGUCCCAGUGGAGUAGGACAAGUUUCACUGUCUUUGACCUAUGGCUUCCCCACACAGACUUUUUAAACUCAUUCCUUUGCUGGCUUCUAAGAGCACAAACCACCGUGUAUUGUUAGGACUUAUCAAAAUUUCUAAAUGAAAAUGUUUUUUGUUUUUUCAAAUGAUCUUGUUACAAAGUCCAGGCUGUCAUCAGAGUCGUGAUGCUUCAGUCUAGACUCCCAGGUGGUUGGGAUUAUAAGUAUGUUCUGCCGCACUAGAGCCUUAGAACCCUCAUUCUUUCUUGAAAAACCAAGCAUCCCAAGCUUUUAUUUCAAGAAGGCACUUUUCUACAGGAUUUCUACCUCCAACCUGCCAACCCCACCCCUGAGCUCUGGCUGGCCUGGGACUCACUCUGUAGAUCUGGUCGCCUGCCUCUGCCUCCCAAUUGCUGGGGUGAAAGGUGUGCACUACCACCGCCUGGCAGCCAUGACUUCUUAAUGAUACACUGAGAUUCCUGACUAAAGCCAAGUAGUACAGUUUCAGUGGCUAUAAUUAUCUGCCUUUUUAACUUGUUCUGUAAGCCUACCCUGAAAAUAAAUUAUUUCAUUUUCCAUUA